AUGGGUAUCCCUUUUGAUUUUGUUGAACGACCGAGUUUUGCACUUUACCUCCGAAACUCAAUCGCUUGCAUGUUCACCACUCUUCUUGGUGAACAUGCAAUUCCGACUCAGUUUUCCCCUUCCACUUCCCCUUGCCGCUUGGACUCCAUUUGCGAUCGAGUAUUUUUUCUCUCUGAUUUGGACACUUCCUACACUAUCGUUACUAUCAUCUUCUGCAAUUGGAUGUUUGAGCAAGUAGGGUUGGAGAAAAGCAAAAAAGAGGUGGAAAAUAUUAUUGAACUCAUAAAUGAAGGAAAUGGAUUUAACAAAGAUAAUGUUGGUUAUCCCGUACCUUCUCCCGAUACUAAUUCUCCCACUCUCCCUACCGAUUAUCAAAUUAUCGCGUCAAGAACUUCAAUAGUAGAAGAAAUAAAAGAGGCACUUGCAAACCCUAAUGUCGACACAGUUGGAGUAUGUGGUAUGGGUGGUGUUGGAAAAACUGCUUUAUUGAAUGAAGUUAAGAAGUUAGUGUUGGAAAAGAAUUUGUUUGAUCGAGUGAUUCAAGUGGAAGUUGGUGAAUCCAAAAGUGUAUUCAAUAUUCAAGAACAAAUUAAAGAUGAGUUAAAUAUGGAAUUGAAUAUAGAAUGUGAGGAGGUAAGAGCAUGUCGCCUACGAACUCAUAUUGCCGAGAGGAAAGAGAAUAUGUUGUUUAUGUUGGAUGAUAUAUGGAAGGAACACGAUGUUGAAAAAGAGUUUGGAAUUCCUUGUCAUUCAGAAUCAAGAAAAGAAGGAUGUAAGAUACUUAUGACAAGUAAACAUGUAUUAAACAAUGAAAUGAACACAGAAAAGACAUUUGAGGUGAAUUCUCUUACCAACGAAGAGUCUAGGAACUUUUUCGUGACAAUAGUUGGUGAGUCUUCGUGUGUUGAAGAUGGACAUAAUAUACAACAAAUAGCAGAGGAUGUGGUAAAAGAAUGUGGAGGGUUACCACUUGCACUUAAAAUUCUAGGAAAAGCAUUGAAGGGAAAAAGAGUACAGAUAUGGAAGGAUGCGUUAAAGUCAUUGAAAAAUCCUGUUACAGUGACUAUUUCAGGAGUGAGUGAGCAAUUGUAUUCUUGUCUCCAAUUCAGUUACGAUUCAACAGAAGAUGAAGCAGAGCAAGUAUUACUUCUAUGUAGUGUAUUUCCAGAUGAUUACAAGAUUGAAGUGAAGGAUUUGCAGAUGUAUGCAAUGGGUAUGGGAUUGGUAAAGCACAUAAAUACUUGGGAAGAUGCAGGGAAUAGAGUAAUCAAGUUGGUUGAUGAUCUUAAAUCUUGCUAUUUGCUUCAAGAUGAGCAGUCCAAGAAAGGAUCAGAUGAUUGUGUUCAAAUGCAUGAUGUGGUCCACGAUUUUGCGAAAUACGUUGCAUCAAAGAAAGAUAAGAUGACGUCCUUGACGUAUAGGAGUGGGCAAAGGCUGGAAUACUGGCAAGAAGAAGAUGAUGAUAUGCAUGAAUCUUAUAAAGCAAUUUAUGCAGAUUGUGCGAAAUAUUGUGUAUACCUUCCCCCAAAAGUUGGAGUUUCCGAACCUUCAAUUGUUAAUAUUAACAAAUCGUGGAUCAUCAUCCAUCGGGGAGGGUAA